AUUCCUGGUAUUUCUCCAAUUGAAUAUUAUAAUAGAGUUUAUGCUAGUUUAUUAAAUUUAUUGAAGGAGCAUAGAAAUAUUAAAUUAAAAAUGGUUAUGGUUUGUAUAAUGGAAAGAGUUAAAGUUAAAACAAAAGAAGGAAUUCAAGAAUUAGAGGAGUUUAAAGCAUAUUUUAGUUCGAAAACUUAUAAAAAUUAUGAAUCAUCAAAUGAAGAAGAAAUAGUAGUAAAAUGUAUGAAAAAAAUUAUAAAUGAUAUAGAAGAGUUUUCCAAAAAUGGAAGCGGGUGGUAUUUUAAAGAAGUUUUAAGGCUUGAUGUUAAUACUAUUAAGUUUAAUCCGACCAAAGGAUCGACUUAUAUUGAUCUUCCAUCUUGGAUAAAAAAUAAAAAAGCAAUUGUUAACAUUAAAAAUAAAGAUGACAAAUGCUUUCUUUGGUGUAUACUUAGAUAUCUUCAUCCAAGAGAGAGAGAUGAGGAAAGAAUAAAAGAUUUAGAAAAGUAUGAGUUUUCACUUAACACUAAAGGAAUUACUUUUCCAAUGAAAGUAAAUAAUAUUACUCAAUUUGAAAAACUUAAUCCUGAUAUUCCAGGAAUAAAUGUUUUUUCUGAAGAUGGUAUGAUUAUUUAUCCUUUGAGAGAGGCAAAUAGAGAUUGUAAAAAUACUAUUGAUUUAUUUUUGUACGAAGAAGAUGGUGUUUCACAUUAUACUCUUAUUAAAAAUUUUCACAGGUUAGUAAGGUCACAAAAAACUGUAAGUAGUAAUGGUAAAAUAUUUAUUUGUAAGAGAUGUUUUACUCAUUACACUAAAGAAGAAUUAUUAGAAAAACAUAUUAAAUAUUGUUCAAAUAAUGCAACAUCGAUUGUAAAAAUGCCUGAACCAAACACAAUGUUAUACUUUAAAAAUUAUCACAAAAGAUUUCCUGUUCCUUUUGUAGUUUAUGCUGAUUUUGAAUGCUUUACUAAGCCAAUGAAUAGUUGCAGUCCUAAUCCAAAAGACUCUUAUAAUUACAACUAUCAAAAACAUGAACCAUCAGGAUUUUGUUUUUAUGUAAAGGGAAUAAUAGAUAAAAAUAUUAAACCAAUCUUUUAUACAAAAACCUCCGAAGAUGAGGAUAUAUCAAAAGUAUUUGUAGAAAAACUUGUAGAAGUAACUAAAGAAAUUUAUAAUAAUUUUUAUCAAAGACCAAAACCUCUUGGACUAACUAGUGCAGAUCAAAAGUUAUUUGAUUCUGAAGUUAACUGUCAUAUUUGUGGUGGAGAAUUAAAAGAGGAUAAAGUUAGAGAUCAUUGUCAUUUUACAGGUCAGUAUCGUGGAGCAGCGCAUAACAAAUGUAAUCUUAUGUGUCGUAAACCAAAAUUAUUACCAGUUAUAUUUCACAAUCUUCAAGGUUAUGAUGCUCAUCUGUUUAUAAAACAAAUUGCUAGAUUAGAAGGAAAAAUAAAUUGUAUUCCAUCUACGGAAGAAAAAUAUAUUUCAUUUUCAAAAAAUAUUAAAGUUGGUGAGUAUUAUUGUUCAAAAUUUGGAAAAAUGAUUGAUGUAAAUUUUGAAAUACGAUUUUUAGAUUCAUUUAAGUUUCUUCAAACAUCACUUGCCAAUCUUGUUUCAAAUCUAUCAGCAGAUGAUUUUCAUAACACAAAACAUGUAUUCAAGAAAAAUGUAGAUCUACUAACUCGUAAGGGAGUUUAUCCUUAUGAUUAUGUUUCAUCACUUGAUAAAUUAUCAGAAACACAACUUCCACCCAAAGAGGAUUUCUAUUCAAAACUAAAUGAUGAAGAUAUUAGUGAUGAUGAUUACCAUCAUGCAAUUAAAGUAUGGAAUACUUUUGGAUGUAAAACAAUAAGAGAUUAUCACGAUCUUUAUCUGAAAUCUGAUGUACUACUACUAGCAGAUGUACUUGAAAACUUUAGGAAAACUUGUCUCUGCCAUUACAGCCUAGAUCCAGUUCACUAUUACACAUCUCCAGGUCUAGCUUGGGAUGCAUGUCUAAAAGAAACAGGUCAACAAUUACAGUUACUACAUGAUUAUGAUAUGUUAAUGAUGAUUGAGCGUGGAAUACGAGGAGGUAUAACUCAUAUAUCAAAGCGAUAUGCAGAAGCAAAUAAUAAAUACAUGGAAAAUUAUAAUCCUGAUGAGGAGUCCUCCUUUAUUCAAUAUCUAGAUGCGAAUAAUCUUUAUGGAUGGGCGAUGACACAAAAUCUUCCAACACAUGGAUUUAAAUGGAUGGAAAAUAUAACAAAAGAAAAGGUAAUGGAUAUUCUUGAGAAAGCAAAUCAUAGUAUGUCAAAUUUUGGGAGUAAAGGUUAUAUAUUUGAAGUAGAUCUGGAGUAUCCUGAAAAACUAUGGACAUCACAUAAUGACUAUCCUCUAGCACCUGAGAGAAUAAUUGUUAAUGGUGUGGAAAAAUUAUUUUGUUAUUUUAAACCCCGAAAGCAUUAUGUUGUGCAUUACCGAAAUCUUAGACAGUAUCUUGAGUUGGGUAUGAGGCUUACUGCUGUUCAUAGAGGAGUAUCAUUUUAUCAGUCUCCUUGGAUGGAACCAUAUAUCCGAAAAAAUACAGAACUUCGAAAAGUAGCAGCUAACAGUUUUGAGAAAGACUUUUUCAAAUUAAUGAAUAACUCAGUUUUUGGCAAAACAAUAGAAAAUAUAAGGAAGCGACAAAAUAUAGAACUUGUUAAUAAUCGUGAGAGAGCUGUCAAACUAGCAAAUCGGCCAAACUUUGAUAGAGCGACAAUAUUUGAUCGCAAUUUUAUAGCAGUUCAUAUGCUAAAUACUGAAGUGUAUUUUAAUAAACCAGUAUAUGUUGGUCAAGCAAUUCUAGAUUUAUCAAAAACACUAAUGUUUAAUUUUCAUUAUACUUACAUACGAGAAAAAUAUGGAAACAAGGCUGAGUUAUUGUUUGCAGAUACGGAUUCAUUGAUGUAUCAAAUUAAAACAAAAGAUUUUUAUAAAGAUAUAAGUUUUGAUAUUUUAACAAAGUUUGACACUUCAGAUUAUCCUCCUAAUCAUCCUUCUGGAAUACUAACAGGAGCUAAUAAAAAAGUUAUUGGAAUGUUUAAAGAUGAAGUAGCAGGAAAACAGAUAACUCAUUUUGUUGGGCUGCGACCCAAAAUUUAUAGUUUUAAAAUUGAAGAGGAUAGGGAAGGCAAAAAGUGUAAAGGAGUAAAGAAAAAUGUUGUAAAAAAGACAAUGGAUUUUGAAGAUUAUGUUAAAUGUUUAUUUUCAGGUGAGAAAGAAAUGAGAAGUAUGAAAAUAAUAAGAAGUGAAAAACAUGAUAUAUAUUCUAAAGAAGUUAACAAAAUAGCUCUAAGUAAUGAAGAUGAUAAACGCAUUGUUUUAGAGGAUAAAGUGCAUACUUUGGCUUUUAGAUAAAAAAAUAUUUAAAAGUAGUAAAAUAUUAAAUAAUAAAUGUCUUAUACAGAGGAGGAAAUAAAAAAAUAUUUAGAUAUACUUCAUAAUUAUAAAAAACCACCUAUUCAACAAGUUAGUAAAAAAGCACAAUGUUUAAAUUGUCCAAAUACUGAAUUUUUUACAAUAGAUUCUGGCCUCAAAAUUUGUGAAAAAUGUGGUGCAGACAACGGUCAUGUAUUAGGAUUAUUUGAUGUAAAAGAUUUGGAUAGGUUACAUUAUAGAAAAAAGAGUAUUUACCAUAGGAAAUAUCACUAUGAGAAAAAGGUAAAUGAAAUUUCUAAAAGAAUAAACCUAACUGAUGAAGAAAAAUGUGAACUUUACGAUAAACUAACAAAAAUAGAUAAUCAUAUCAUGGAAAUACUAAACAAGCAAUACUUUAGAAAGAGAAUGAUAAAUAUUAAUUAUUUAACAAAAAAAAUUUUGGAGGAGAUGGGUUGUGAAAAGUAUAAACUUAUUGAACUUAAGAUUAGUCCUCUAACUUUUGAGAUUUAUGAAGAAUGGUGGAAUUGUUAUAAAGGUUUAAAGAAAUAAAAUACUAUUAAUAAAAUGAAAAUACAAAUUAAUCCUAGAUCAUUGUUAAAUCUAGAACAUAUAUGUGAAGUUUUAUAUAAACUUCAUCCAUCUGUUUUAAAUUUCUUGGUUAAAAUGGAAAGAUCUUUAGGACCAGUACUUGGUUUUAUAGACAUGAAAAAUUUAACACUAGAACAAAAAAAAAUUUUAGAUAGUAUUUAUAAGGGGGUAGAUUACUCAAAGGAACCUGAGGAACCUAAGGAACCUGAGGAACAAAAGGAACUAAUUAAAAUAAAAGAUGAGUUUGAAAAAAACCAAUAUAUUACUCGUUUUCAUAAUCUAAGAAAAUAUAUUCAACUAGAUACUGAUGAAUACAUUCCUAUGAAAAUUUAUGUUGAAGUUGAAGAUCCUGUAAUAGGAAGAAAACUAAAAGAAUUGGUUGAGGCACUUGAAAAAACUCAUGCUCCAGAACAAUUUUAUUUAAAUAAAAAAGAAAUAGAUGAAAAUGCUUAUUUUGCUGAGGGUUAUGGUCUUACAAUGAAUGAGGAACAGAAAAAACAAAUGAAAGAAUUUUUUUAUGGAAAAGAUGUUGAAGGUCUUGAAAAACUUUUAAGAGAAAAAAAGUUAUAUCCAUAA